CUUCCAAUGAUAGGGAGGGCGGUCUUUUCUUCGGAAUAUAUCUCUUGGGAUUGGCAUUUGUCUCUGCUUGGGGGAAGAAAGAUUGUCGCUUGGUCUCAUAGUUUUGGUUUCAAAGGCCCAAGUUUUUCCGCUACCCACUAAAGGGUCAUCAUUCCUAUGCCUUUCUGAUACUCAACUGAAGUUGCCUGAGUCGGAGGAAGCAAAACAUGGCUACCUAUUUCCAAAGUCUAAGUAAUCAAAGAGAUGUCUUGCAGACUCCAUAUCCAGGGGACACGAAAUUUGCUUCAUAUUCUGAACCGCCUUUCCAUCCUGGCAACAUAAUGAUGUAUCUGAACCAAGCUUCUUCUGCAUCCUACUCAGAUAUCUUGUCUGGUGGUUCUCUAUCCCCUCUCAACCGUGAUGAAUCUGUGGGUGGCAGAAAUGAGAUGACGCUCGUUCCACCUUCAGGUGACAGAGCAAGUAUGCAACCUAUUGACGGACAGUUAAAUUCUCUACCAGGUGAUCCCCUCAUAGAGUCUGCUACUGGGGAUUCCCAGAUGAUUCCAAGGACACAGCUGGGAGUUUCAGCUGGUGAACAAAAUAUUCAGUGUCAGGGAUUAUUAUCUCUUAGCCUUGGUACACAAAUGCCAUCUGCAAUACCUGUAGCUUCAUUUGGUAACCAGUAUCCAAACCCAGGUGGGUCUUCUUUCUCGACUACCAGUCUCCAAAACUUGAUGAAGGGGACAAUAUCUAGUAAAGCUGAUGAAAAUCACCAGUAUGGUGAGUUGAGAACUGCAGAAUGUUUGCUAUCUGAUUUUUCUGGAGCCAACCAGAAUAAUACCAGAACAGAGACAUUGUGCAAUCCUCAUUCCUCUAUGAGCCACAAAGAGAUGCUCUCUGAUCAAUAUCUAUAUGAACCAUCAGGUUUUGCUAACACAAUGUUAAACUCAAAGUAUCUCAAGCCAGCACAACAAUUGCUUGAUGAAGUGGUCAAUGUCAAGAAGGCUUUAAAGCAACAUGGAUUGAACAGACAUCAAAGCAUCCUGGGUAUUGGUUUGGAUGGCUCUAAAGAGAAAGAUGGGAGAUCAAGUUCUUGGUCUGCAAAGAUAUCUUCAGACCCUGGCGAGUCAACUCCCAACUCCUUUUGUGAGCUAUCACCUGCAGAACAACAGGAUUUGCAGAAUAGGAAGACAAAACUUUUAUCCAUGCUGGAUGAGGUUGAUCGAAGAUACAAACAAUAUUACAAUCAGGUGCAAUUUUUAGUGUCGUCUGUCGACAUGGUAGCGGGGUGUGGGGCAGCUGAACCAUACACAGCUCUUGCACUCCAGACAAUUUCUCGACACUUCCGCUGUUUGCGUGAUGCAAUCAUGGGUCAGAUUCAAGCUACCCAGAGAAGCCUUGGGGAGCAAGAUACUUCCUUGUGUGGUCAAGGAGGGAUACCUCGUCUCCGCUAUGUAGAUCAGCAUCUGAGGCAACAAAGGGCUCUUCAGCAGUUUGGUGUGAUGCGACAUGCUUGGAGGCCUCAAAGGGGGCUUCCUGAGAGCUCCGUUUCAAUUCUCCGUGCUUGGCUCUUUGAGCACUUCCUUCAUCCUUACCCCAAGGACUCUGAAAAAAUUAUGCUCGCAAAGGAAACGGGCUUGACCCGAAAUCAAGUUGCAAACUGGUUUAUUAAUGCACGGGUCCGUCUUUGGAAGCCCAUGGUUGAGGAGAUGUACAAAGAAGAGUUUGGCGAAUCAGAGUUGAACUCGCAAUCUUCACCAGAAAAUGCCUCGAAAGCACCAAGGGAUAAUAAUUCCGGGGCUUUUGAGGAUAGGGGGGAAGAGUUGCAAGACAUCAGUGUGAUAUCCACAACUGCUGAUGGUGUUCACCAUGGACAAGCCCAUGAAUCAAAGUUUGUUAACGUAGAAAUAAAUGGGAAAACCACUGGAAUAGGAUUUGGCAGUAGUGUUGUGGAUGACCAUAGCCUUUAUAAUUCAGAUGAGAUUAAUAUCCCACACCACCAAGGUAGUGAUGGGAGUCUUGUGGCUGCUGCUACCACCUAUGAUAUGUCGGAGUUGGGUACUUUUGUAGAUGGCAGCCAGGUUUCACUUGCACUAGAAUUGCGGCAUUGUGAAAAUGAUGGGAGUUCCCAUGUCCGGUGUCACCAAUUUAAGAGGUAUUAAUAAAACAAUAACAACUUCUGCAGAGCCUGAUUCAGUAGAUUUUCAGUGCCAGGAUUCGGGAAAGCAACAUCACAAGUUUGACAAUUCCCAUAUGUUACAUGAUUUUGUAGUCUAAGCAAGCGCUUGCUUCGGCACUGUUCAUCCUACUUGCUUAUUAAUGUCUGAAGAUACAGAAACCACUAGAAUUUCAAAUAUACAUGUAGAUAUGGGUAUGAUAUACGAUACUCACUUACAAUAUAACAAAAAGACUUGGGAGUUGUAGGCAUAUUUUGUAAAGAUAAGAUCAUGCGUAUAUAUUUCUGUCCAUUUGGUACUUGAAUAAGGAAUCUUGUAAAAGC